GCCCAUUGGCAACUCGUACGGGCCUCCGCGAGGGACGUGGUCUCCGCGCGAUCGUGACUCCCAUUGGCUGUCCCGUCGUCCGGGGGCCGUGGCUACGGGAGCCGGGCGGGCACAUUUCGAACCGUGGCUGGGGCGGCGGCGGCGGCCGUGGUGGCUGCGACGGUGAAGGAUGCACCCGGCAGGCUUGGCGGCGGCGGGGACGCCCCGGCAGCGUAAGUGGCCGUCGAAGCGGAGGAUCCCCGUGUCCCAGCCGGGCAUGGCUGACCCCCACCAGCUCUUCGAUGACACAAGUUCGGCCCAGAGCCGGGGCUACGGGGCCCAGCGGGCUCCCAGCGGCCUGGGCUACCCUGCAGCCUCCGCGUCCCCGCAGGCCGCCUUCCUGGCUGACCCUGUGUCCAACAUGGCCAUGGCCUACGGGAGCAGCCUGGCCGCACAGGGCAAGGAGCUGGUGGAUAAGAACAUCGACCGCUUCAUCCCCGUCACCAAGCUCAAGUAUUACUUUGCCGUGGACACCAUGUAUGUGGGCAAAAAGCUGGGCCUGCUCUUCUUCCCCUACCUGCACCAGGACUGGGAAGUGCAGUACCAGCAGGACACUCCCGUGGCCCCCCGCUUUGAUGUCAACGCUCCUGACCUCUACAUUCCAGCUAUGGCUUUCAUCACUUAUGUCUUGGUGGCUGGCCUGGCGCUGGGGACCCAGGAUAGGUUCUCCCCAGACCUCCUUGGGCUGCAGGCAAGCUCUGCGUUGGCCUGGCUGACACUGGAGGUGCUGGCCAUCCUGCUCAGUCUCUACCUGGUCACUGUCAACACUGACCUCACCACUAUUGACCUGGUGGCCUUCUUGGGCUAUAAAUACGUUGGGAUGAUUGGGGGGGUCCUUAUGGGCCUGCUCUUUGGGAAGAUUGGCUACUACGUAGUGCUGGGGUGGUGCUGCGUGUCUAUCUUUGUGUUCAUGAUCCGGACGCUGCGGCUGAAGAUCCUGGCGGAGGCGGCGGCCGAGGGCGUCCCGGUGCGCGGGGCGCGGAACCAGCUGCGCAUGUACCUGACCAUGGCCGUGGCGGCGGCGCAGCCCCUGCUCAUGUACUGGCUCACCUUCCACCUGGUGCGGUGAGGGCGGCCCCCGCCCCCCGCCCCCCGAGGUGCCGAGGCCGCCGCCGCACGCGCGGUUCCGGAAACAAUAAACCGUGACGGGCUCGGC